AUGUUAAUCCUUUUCCUUCUUUGUAUUUCAUUUUCUUUUGCAGAUGAAACAGAUGGACCUGAAGUAUAUUUCAAGAUUAUUGGUAAAGCACCAAAAUGUUUCAGUAUUGAUGAACCUGUUGGAACUCUUGUCCAUGCUCAUUAUAAAAUCACUACAUUGAAUGCAGGAAAAUAUGGUAAAAUGCAUGAAAAUAUUAACUUACAUUAUUCUCUUCAUUUCCCACAAGAAUUACAAAAAGAAGAUGAAGACGCAGAAAUUGAUGAUGAUGGAGUUGUUAUGUUCACAACAAAAGAAAUAGGUGAAUAUCAAAUUUGUUUCUAUGUAUCAAAUGCACCACGAUAUGACAUCGAAUAUAAAUUUACAUUGAAUUUAGAAGUUGGAAUUGAAGCUAUUGAUUAUGAAAAUCUUGCAAAAACAGAACAAUUGAAUUCUAUUGAAGUCCAAUUCACACAACAAAUUGAUUUAGUUAAAGCUCUUCAAGAUGAAAUUAAAUUCCAACAAGAAAAACAUGAUGAAUUUGAAGCUGUUACUGCCUCAACAAUUUUUAGAGUUAAACUCUUUGCUUUUAUUCAAAUAGUCAUCUUUGCUUUAUUGGCAUGGUGGCAAUAUAGAAAUCUCAAAAGCUUUUUCAGACAUAUCAAAGUUGUCUAA